AUGCCGGCUGCGCCAGAAUUUGUGGAUCAUUAUGCCGUGCUUGGCUGUUCUCCCAGCAACACCGCAGAAGAGCUGAAAAAGGCAUAUCACGAGAAGUUGCGGCAGUUUCACCCUGACAAGCGUCCUUGGAGCGCGGGCGGUCAUGGUGAGAAGGUCACGCAGUCGCUCAAUGAGGCCUGGGAAGCCCUCCGCUUUCCAGCCCUUCGGGAGGCAUACGACGUGAUCUGGAACAGGGAGAAGAACCCGGAGCCGUUGCGCCCACCGGAGCCACCGGAACCACUGCACCGAGCCUCGCAGCCGCGAGAGCGGGAGGCCUCGCGGCGCCGAGAUCGGCGAUGCGAGCGCGAGAGGCAGCCAGCCGAAGGGACGCCCGACAAGGCGGAAGUUCUUCGGUCCGAGGGCAAUGAGUUCUACAGACUAGCACAGGCUGCCGUGCGCACUGCGACUGAUGGGGCGGAGAGCCUGGAAGUACGGAUGACUGCCAUGCAAAAGUAUCGCCUUGCCAUCCGAAAGUACAGCGAGGCAAUGGAGCUCGCACCGAAUAACCACCGCCUGUGGAGCAACCGGGCCUUGUGUCAUGCUGCACUGAAGCAAUGGGACCAGUGCCGGGAGGAUGGUCUUCGGUCCACGCAGCUGAAGGCAGACUUCGCAAAAGGAUGGUUCCUUGUGGCCAAGGCCAUGUGGAAAGAAGGCUCGCGGACUGCAGCGCUGCGGCAGAUCGAGGUGGCGCUGCGCAUGGUCAGCGAACCCGAUGAUCUCCUGGCGCUUCAGGAGAGCAUCCUGCGGGAGGUGGAAUCGUCGCGCGCAGGCUCCAAGUCAGGGCUUCGGCUGCCCCAAGUGAGCCGCAGCGUCUCCCCCUGCAUGACGCGGCCUGGCUCUCGUGUCACUACGCCCUUGAGGACGCCGCCGCGUUCAAGGGAGCCCUCCUGUUCCAGGCGUACCUCCAGCCGCCCCUCCACACCGACGAAGCUCCCAGCGAUGCCCGCACAUGUGGCCAGGGCGUUUCAGGUGCUCGGUGCGGAGGACUGA